AUGCAACCGGUGUAACCUAUUGCUGAAGGAUAGGAAACAAAAAGUAUUUAUUCUUUGAUUAAAGAUCAAAAGGAUAAGGAAGCUAUUAAUUAUUUAAAUUACGAGUUGCAAUUUUGUCCUAAGAGCAGAGCAUUAUCUUUACUUGCAUAUUGUCACUAUAUGAAUUAAGAUUUUACUUCUGCUGUUUGUAUGUACAAGAUAAUUUAAAUAACAUAGUUAUGAAUUAUUAGUGAAGUAUUAUCCUGAAAUUGAUGAUUAUAAGAUUUAUUUGGCAUAGUCAUAUUAUAAGAAUAGUAAGAAAGUUUAUGAAAAUAGGUCUCUAUGAUGAGGCAUUAAAAAAUGUGCUUCUAUUGAAAAUCCAUAAUAUUAAGGCAAGAUGGUUUAAUUGUAAGCACUGAUUAGAUAUGAGAAGAGUGAAUUUCAACAUGCAAAAACAUUAUUAAAAUAAAAUGAAAUGGAUGAUCCAGAUUCAAUCAUUAAUGAAGGAUGCAUUUUAUUUAAAGAAAAUAAAUUUGAUGAGGCAAGAUAAAGAUUUUAAGAUGGAAUGAAUUUAACUGGUUAUUCUUGUGAAUUAGCGUAUAACAUUGCACUUUGUUAUUACAAAUAAGAAUAAUUGGCUUAAUCUCUAAAAUAUUUUGCAGAGAUUAUUGAGAGAGGAGUAAGAGAAUGACCAGAUUUAGGAGUAGGUUCAAAUGCUGAAGGAAUUGAAGUAAAAAGUCUUGGUAAUUCUUAAGCAUUGAAAAAAUCUGCUUUGAUUGAAGCAUUAAAUUUAAAGGCAGCUAUUGAAUAUUCAACUGCAAAAGUGAUUGCUAAUUUGUGUGUUAGUUAUAUUAUGGUCGAUUGAAAUUAAGAUGCUGAA